AUGGAUGUCACAGCAGCAAAUAUUCAGGAAGAAAUCUCACAGCUCAAACGUGAAGUCGAUCAGCAACACGAACACACUCGGAAAUGGAUUGAAGAGGCCUACAAACACGCGGCCAAACAAAUGUUGAUAAAGCGAAAGGAGUGUACGAAGGACAUGAAGGCAGAACUCGACUUACAGCUGGGACAACUACAGCAAAAGAUUUCUUGCGUAGAGCAGCAGCUGUUAGGGCUUGGCGUCCAAUUUGAGGAAGAAACCGAGCGUAGAGGUAGAGAGAACUCGGAGUUUCUGAAUCAGCUGACGGACGAGAUCUCGAGGGAAGGACCUGGACAUCGCAGAGAAAUAUUGCCGGAAGAACGACGUCGAAAACAGACGUUCCCAAUCUAG